CAAAAACAUAAAUAAGAAAUUCUGAUCUGUGAACACGGGGACGCGAUCAAAAUGGAUUUUCGGCGACUAUGGAGUUCGACAAACGGAUGUAAAUGUUGAUGUGAUUUCUGGACGUCUGUUGAGCCCUUUGUUGACGGUGUGUGCGACCUCUCUUGUGCUGAUGUGAAGGGGAUAUAUCCAAAUAUGAGUCUUUCACCCACACAGUUCGGAGAUCCCUGACGAGGACUUGUAUUAAACGUUCGGGUGGGUUCAUUUUCACUGGUUGGUGACAUUCCGCGAGUGUUUGUGCGCUACUAUGAAGGAGAUGAUCGGUGGUUGCUGUGUUUGCUCUGACGAGAGAGGCUGGGCCGAGAACCCACUGGUUUACUGUGACGGACACGGCUGUAACGUCGCCGUUCAUCAAGCUUGUUAUGGAAUUGUCCAAGUGCCGACUGGUCCCUGGUUUUGUCGGAAGUGUGAAUCUCAGGAGCGAGCUGCCCGUGUGAGAUGUGAGCUGUGUCCUCACAAAGACGGAGCUCUGAAAAGGACAGAUAAUGGAGGCUGGGCUCAUGUGGUCUGUGCGCUCUACAUCCCAGAGGUGGAGUUUGCCAACGUCUCCACCAUGGAGCCCAUCGUUCUGCAGUCAGUCCCUCACGACCGAUACAACAAGACGUGCUAUAUCUGUGAAGAACAAGGACGUGAGAGUAAAGCCGCCACCGGAGCCUGCAUGACCUGUAACAAACACGGCUGCCGUCAAGCCUUCCACGUCACAUGCGCUCAGUUUGCCGGCCUGCUGUGUGAGGAGCAGGGCUCAGAUGCCGACAACGUGAAGUACUGCGGCUACUGCAAAUACCAUUACAGCAAACUGAAACAUAAGGAGAGAGACCGCCACAAACCCAAACAUAAAAAGUCCCUGGACCUGUCGUCGCCCCUCGUUCCACCCCUGAUGCUCACUCCGGAUAAGGUGAUUGCACACAGCUACAGCAGCAGCAGCGGCAGCGUCACGUCCGCCUCGCAGAAGCGGAUGGACGACAGCGCCGCCCGCUUCACCAACGCCAACUUCCAGGAAGUCCCGUCUCACUCGGGUCCGAGCUCCAAGGACGGCGGCUCGACCGAAAGAGACGGCAAGAGCUCCGAGGGCAAGAGCAAGAAGUCCAGCAGCCAUUCCGGCUCCGGCUCCGGCUCCAGCUCGCGGGGACGCAAGUCCAACCCGAGCAAAUCUCACGGGCCCGUGGUCACCAUCGCCACGUCCUCCACCGUCCCGUCGUCGUCCAGCCCCUUUCAGCAGGGGCUCCUAUUGGCCGGCGGGAGCAGCAAGACGUCGUCCGGCGGUUCUGCAGCUCAGCCCGCCUCCGACUUCCACGGCUUCUCCUCGGAGUCCGGCCUGAGGGCCGGAGACUCGUACACGCCGCCCUCGUUCGGCCGCUGCCUGAUGAAGGGCGGGGCCGAGGGCGCGGCGUCUGAAGGGAUGCCGCCCCUGAACACCUUCGGCUCCAUGAUGUCGCUUCCUCAGAACGCGGCCCCGGCGUCCGGCUCCUCCAAACAUUACGAGAACUCGCACUCGGCCGGCGGCGAGCCGGCGUCGGCGGGGUUCAAGCGCGCCCAGCCGUCGUCCUCCUCGUCGUCCUCCUCGGCGGCCUCGUCCUCCUCCGCCGUGGACGAGGGGGUCAAGAAGAAGAGGCGGGGCAACUGGAAGAACCGCUACGGGCCCUGCUUCACCACCCAGGAGAACAAGACCCCGGAGACGACGGAGCUCAGCGCCGCGCCUCUUCCUUCCUCCUCGUCGCUGUCGCUGUCGCCGCCCUCCUCCUCUCUGGUGGCGAGGAACUGCACCGUCAGCAUCAGCACCGGGAACAUGCCGGUGGGAGGAGCUGGGACCAACAGUCUGGCCAAUCAGAAAUCGCCGUCUCUGCUCAGGAACGGAAGUUUGCAGGGUCUGACCGUGAGCUUGCCGCCCGCUGCAACAGUGACGUACCCCAGCAGCAGCGACGUGACCGCCCCUCUGCCGAGCGCCGUGCUCGGAGGCUGUCUCUCCGUCUCCAGCUCAGAGAUGCCGGGCACCUCCAUGCCAAUCUUGUCGUCCCUGCCCUCCGCCGCGCCGUUCACCGCCACCUCGUCCACACACCUGCAGUCCGGCUCAUUAGCAGGAACCCUGAACCUGGCCCCGCCCCACAUGUUCGGCAACAGGCUCAACCCCAACUCCGCCAUGGCCGCCCUCAUCGCCCAGUCCGAGAACUCGCCGGCAGAUCAGGAGCUGGGGGAUGGGACUCUGGCUUUCUCCAGAAGAGGAACCCCACCGAAGGCGAACCUCUCCCCACGCUCCCCGCUAAGUGGACUUCACAUCCGAUAUGACCCGUCGGGACCUUUGGUGCCCGGGUUGGGUGCGGAGUCGCUUCCGCCGGCGGCCACCAGCAUCGAGCAGCUGCUGGAGAGGCAGUGGAACGAAGGCCAGCAGUUCCUUCUGCAGCAGGGACCGCAGGGGGACGUGUUAGCCCUGCUGAGAUCCCUGUACCAGCUGCAGAUGGAGAACCGGCGUCUGGAGGAGCAGAUCCGGACCCUGACCAUGAAGAAGGAGCGACUGCAGCUGCUCAGCGCCCAGCUCUCGGUGCCGUUCACACACGCCAACAACACGACCAGCUCGGCCUCCUCUCCGCUCUACAACAGCAACACACACACAGACAUGCUGAACAGCAAGAGCAUUCAGCUAGGCAGCAGUGUUUUAACAGACUCCUCUCAACAUUUGGCCGCUCAGGAUCUCCUGACUGGUGGCAAUAGCAGCGCUAGCAGCACCUCCUCCCUCUCCACCCCCCCCUCGGUGGCUCAGAGCCCCCCCCAGCAGCAGGUGAACGGCCUGAUGGGGGCGCUGCAGGGCGCCCACGGGGCCAUGAGUGGCGUCGUGGGUGCUCUGAACGGCGUGAUUCAGUCGUCCAGCCCCGCUCCUCUCCCCUCCUCCGUCACCUCCACGUCCCUGCCCGUCACCGCUGGCCUGAGCAGCAGCAGCGUGACCACGGCGAAAACCAGUGCGGUGAAGCUUUUCACCGAGCAGCAGCGGCAGCUUAUCCUGCAUCAUCAGCAACUGCAGCAGCUCAUCGGUUCUCAGCAGCCCACAACGGAGCAGCAGCAUGCGUUGCUUUAUCAGAUGAUGCACCAGCACCAGCAGCACGACCUGCAGCAGCUCUCUUCCUCCCAGCUGCCCAUCAGCAACCUGCUUCCUGUCACUCAGGGUGCCAUCACUGCUAACCCUUUCCUGGCUCUACACCCCGACAACGGCGGUCAGAAAGCAGCGAGGCUGGGAGACCAUGCCGUGUCCAUCUCAGGCCAGGAGAACACCUGAAGAAACCGGGCGUGGCUGCUGGAGCGGGAGAAGAGGAAAAACAUUCUCUCUCAGGGCCAAACAUCAGAGCAGCUAGCAAACUAACCCACACGUGCACACACACUCACACACACACACACACACACACCUCGGCUGAAGGAUCGCUCAAACCCUGACAUUGCACUGAAAUGACUUCGCUUGCUGUACACGUUCGAGUCCCACAGGGCUACUUCGGAGGCCGAGGCGUGCACACACACACACACACACACACACACACUAUUGAACACGAUGCAUUUGUGUGAAUCACUGUGGGGGGUGGGGGCUGUGCGGGGGGUGACGAGCGAAUUCGGCCGGAGACUGAAAUGCGCCAGCCUCUUUUCUGAUGCACACCGCUGUUACCUCUAGAAGCCCACACACGGCUUGGACACAUUCUUAAAAUAAAUAAGAACUGAUUUAUAUGUUUAAUAACGAGGGCAAAACAUUUUAAGUUUCUAAUUGAUGCUCUCGCCACCACAAAGGCCUUUGUUUAUUUCCACGUAGGCCCAAAACUGGGACACACUGAUCCUGCUGAACCCCUAAAACGAGCACCUACCUCUCUGAGCCAAGAUGAAAUCAAUACUUAACAAGAAUACCAGGACUCCUACCCAAGUGCCUGGCAUCACCCUCCAUUCCCUCGAGGACGAGGAUACACACUGGAGACGCUGCCACUCUCGCUUCCUUUUUCUAUUUCGAGACUCUUAUCCAGAACUGAAAUAAACAUUUCAGUCUCUGAAUAACGAGCGAUGCCACCCGGGCGGCAGGCCUGUUACUGUGAUGCUCAGGACGCCGGCUGAUUUACACGGGCGUGCGCCGAUACUCCAUGAACAGACAAUAUCAUCACGAUAUUGUAUCAUUUCAAUAUAUUGUACAACCGAGUAUUGGCACACGCCUACAUUUCAGUUAUCGUGCCGCGUCGAUGAUUUCCGAACCUUCCUAUUGCUUAUGUUUGUUUAUUUAUUUGCAUUUCUUCUGUAACGGGCACAAGAUAAUGUUUCAGUGCCCGAGUCUCACUUUUUUAUACUACUGUACAAAAUGUCUCAUUUCAUUUGAAUCUUGUGAGGAUUUUUUGAUUAAAACAUCUCAUGUUGGAGCAUAAAACCAUUUCAGUGUAAAUAUGAACUUAUUUUGGUUGUUUUUUGGGUUUCAGAGGUUGAAAUUUAGCUUU